AUGAAGUCGUUUCUCCUUCCUGCUCUCGCAUCUCUCGCUUGCGCGGGGAGCACGAUCACUUCCAUGUUCCUGCCUGGGUUUAGUAAGGAAAGCAUCGUUGCCUCAGUCGCUGGAAAUGACGAUACCGCAACCACCUACAGCAUGACCUGUGCGGCUUCUUAUGACAACGAGGAGGAAUGUGGUAUGGGCAAUGGUCUCACCGUGGUCAAGGCCGGUAAGGCCAUGACGUAUAUGAUGGAUGAAGGUGACGCGUAUUCCUUCAGCGGGGAGUGCACCGUCGACGGUACGACGGCUGCCUGUACAGGCAGUGCAACCGGGUCGGGUGAUGGUCUUCCUGCGUCGCAAACUUACAAGACCUACGCCCAAUAUGUGCCUGUGACUAUAACUGCAGGCUCAAUCACUGAUGCCACGGCUGCGCUUACUGCAACGUCGAUGGCCGAGGGAACGGGUACUGCUGCGCAGGCCUCACCCACUGCGAGCGAAGCCGCCGAAGAGACGGCUGAUGGAUCUGGAGCAGAAGCGACUCCCACAGGUGCGGCCGCUCAAAUAACUGGCGCUGGGUCGAUUUUAUUCGGCGGAGCCGUCGUGUUGAUGGCUGCGGCUCUCUGA